UCGCUAUGAUGGCGACGAUGGCUUUCUGCGACGAAAAACCGGGAUGGUUCCAAGGCAAAGAGAACGACCUUCUGAGAGCGCUGAUGGCGGCCAAAGAUCUGCAGUGGAACCAGAAGGAGGAAAACGGCGUGAAGCAGAUCAUAGAAGACAUUCAGGCGGGCAGAGAUCCGACGGAAGAGAGUGAAGUCAUCCGGAUGGAGCUGGCAUACGCCUUCAAGGACCUCAUGUCACUGAAUCCAUACCGCGAGGAACAAAUUAAGAGUUGGUUCCGCCAGUUCUUGGGAGGCGACCUCGCCAGUGACGUCUUUCAAGAAAGCGAGAAGAUCAUGAACGAAGAACUACGAAAAAAAAGUUAUGUUCAACAUCAUCUGGACUUCAGUCGUCGACAGAAGGGCGCGUGGAAUCACGUGGUGAGCGACGCGAAACGUGAUCGUGACAUGACGGACCACAAUAAGAGCAUUUUGAAAAGAAUCAGCACUGACGCCUCGAAAGUUUUUGCGCUACCCCCGGAAGACCUAGAGGCAGAAAAGGCGAUGCUGGUGAUGUCUUACGGUCAGGACACGGCAAACAGGAUAAUGAACGGCAUCCAAGCUGUCCAUGACGAGGUCAGGGGAAAAGCUCAUGCACAAUCGGAAGCCGAAAAGGCAAUGAAAGAACUUUUGGCAGGACACCCUGCCCAAGUACAGCCUGUAGCUGCAAAACCUGGACAAGUUCAGGCUGCAGAUGCAAAUCCUGCACAAGUACAGGCUGCAACACGCACACGAGAAGAUGCUGCCGCUACAAAACCUGCUCAGGCACAAGCUGCAGCUGCAAGACCUGUUCAAGUACAGGCAGCAGAUGCAAAACGUACACAAGAAGAUGCCGCAGGUACGCAAGGAAAAAGUGCAGCUGCAAACCCUGCUAAAGUAGAGAAUGCAGCCGCAAAGCGUGUUCACGUACAGGCGGCAGAUGACGAUGACGAUGAUGAUGGUGCAAACCCUACUGAAGUACAGGUUGCAGGUGCAAAACGCACACCCGAAGAUGGUGCAGGUGCAAAACGUACACAAGGACAGGCUGCAACUCCAACUGAAGUGCAGGCUGCUCGAUCACAGCAAAAUGCUGCUAAACCUGCACGUGGGAAGGCUGCACAAGGAAAACCUACUCCAGGACAGGCUGCCUAAGUCAAAGUAAUUGCAGAAUAUAGAACUAUUUUUAGACCUGCGGUAAAUGGUUCCAGGCGUUACCUUACUGCAGGUAUAAUUUUUUUUAAAUGACAGGGUGUAGAAAAAUACAGCCAUAAUACAUAACAUACAGACAUUAUACUGAUAAGAAGAAUCCUUAGAGACAUAUUGUACAUAGAUACAAGCAUUUCCUUAUGUUCAG